AUGGAUUUGAUUAAUACUGAUAAUUCGGCUGAAGCUGACGUUUUUAUCAAAGCACCAUCAACAUUAUCAACAACACCAUCAUCAUUAUUAUUAUUAUCACACAGAUGGAAUCCAGGAUUUUUAAUUUUGACAGUACUAAUUAUAAUGAUAAUAAUUGGUAAUGCAACUGUUUUCUUAGCUGUUAUCACUGAUAGCAAACUUAGACGUAUGGCCACAAAUAAAUUUAUUGCAAGUUUAGCAGUUUCUGAUCUUCUUGUUGGUACUGUUGUAAUGCCAUUAUCGCUUUAUUCAACGAUCAGUGAAAUUCGUUGGGAUUUAGGAUAUUAUUGGUGUCAAUUUCAUUUGGUCACUGGAGUAUUCUCGACAACUGCAAGUAUUGUCCAUCUUACUGCUAUAAGCUUAGAUAGAUACUUUGCAAUAAUGUUUCCAACAGAAUAUCAACGAUAUUCAAUAGCUACCAGUACUCUUCCAUAUAUCAUAAUGAUAUGGCUUAUGUCUUUUGCUGUCAGCAGUACAUUAUUCAUGGAAAAAUCAUUAGAUCAAAAUGGCAUUUGUUGGAUAGAUAAUCCACAAUAUUUGGUACAUUAUUAUUAG